UAGUGUGACUCAACGGCAAAUGAGAUGAACUAUUUUCAAGUAACACAACCGAACAGCUGGCACAGUCACGGUUUCUGUUUGUUUACAGAGCUAAACGAUAUUGUGCAAAUAAGUCAUGUCUCUUUUUCCAGCUUAUUCAAAUGAUACACCUGAAUCGACAAGUUAUGGAAAGCCUGAUAAAAUUUCUGUUGAAUGGUUAUCAAAUUCGAGCUUUCAAACGCCAGUAGAACUUAGGAAAGAACCAGACUUGUCUGUAUAUUCUUCAUCUGAUGAAUCUUUACAUGAUGUAGAAAAACAAAUACAACAUGAAACGACUUCUGUGGAUGUAAAAAGACAUGCAAGAAGCAAAGAGUUAAAAACUUACAAAGUACAAAAGACAAACAGAAGGAAGCACAAAUAUGAUGACAAACAACAUAAAUCAGGAUACAAACAAAAUGUUAGAAAUGUAUACUUUGAGGACAAACUUAGAGAUAAAGGAAAUAAUAAUAUAGAUACAUUUUGCUCCAGAGUCAGACCAUUGUAUGAUAUUAGUGAAAAAUAUAUUGGCUUUGUUAAGCAUAAGCAACCAAAAAAGAAAAAGUUCCAUAGAUAUUAUAUCAAAAAUAUUGAUUCCAUUGAGGCGCUGCAGAAGAAAGAUACAAUUAUUAAGAAGACUAAUGUUAAAGAAAGUUCAAAGCAAGAUAAAGAGAUAGAUAAUGAAGGUUUACCUUCUUGGUGCAAGAAUUUGGAACAGGAACAGAAGUCUAAAACUAGAGAAUAUAAUGAACAACUCAUAAAAAAUCCACAUAAUGUUGAACUUUGGCUGCAAUAUAUCAAUUUUCAGGAUAUUCUGGCUAACUAUCAGAGACACCAAUUAUCAAAGGAUACAUAUCGAUCCACAAUAUUGAAAAAGUUAUCUAUCGUUGAAAAGGCACUUGAAAAGAAUGGAAACUCCAAUAAAUUAUUACAAUUGAAAUUACAUUUCAUGAGUGAGUUAACACCCUCCGACGAACUUUCUAAUCAGUUGAACGCAUUAGUUAAUAAAGAUUCAGGGAAUAUAGUGUUGUGGCAGCACUUUAUUAUGGUCACACAAGCCUCAGUAGCAAUGUGUACUGUACCACGAGUUUUGGAUUUGUAUUCAAGAUGCUUUAGUGUCCUGAGACAACGUUCAAGGACGAAUCCUUCUCUUUAUGAUGCGCAACUGCUACAAAUGUUGCAUCAAUGUUUAACAUUCCUGAGGCAUACGGGAUUGUGGGAACAGAUGUGGGAAACGAUACGUUUGAAUCUGAACUUAAAUCUGAAUUUGGACAAGACUAGUUUGUUCCUUCAAGGAUCCAUAGAUGAAAAGAAAUUAAUUGGAAUGGAAGAGAUGAUACUGAUGUCACGAUUACCACUUAAUCAACUGUGGCAGAGGACAGAAUCGUUGAGAGAGAAUUACCAUUGGAUCAGUGUUAGUAGGGAUGAAUUGGAGUUGGUUGGAGAUUCACGACGAUUCGUUCUACCGGAAGACGUAGCGGACUUCGUACACCCGAUUCUCUCGUGUAAUUCGAAUUUCCAAAUGGCCAUUUAUUCUCUUUUGUGCCUGAAAGUACCACUUCUACCUUGUCGAGACUAUUAUUUAAAGGAAUUAUCGUUAAAAGAUUUUCAUUGGGGAGUGGAGUCUCUGGAGGCGUUACUUCCCUUCAUGUAUCCGAUGGCAGGUGAAAUGGCCGGUCAUGAUCAAAGGAAGGAAUUAUUGAGGGACAUUCUCGAAGGACGCUUAACGUCGGGCCCUCAAUACGUCAAGUUCCACCCGGCGCAAGAACCGUAUCUAGAUUUUGUGCGUAAAAUCUUCCAAACGAUCGCGGAAAGCUUACCCUCGCUACAACGCACGAGUAUAUACGUCUGGUGGUUGCGAUUGGAAAGAUUACUCGUCUCUCUCGGCAAGGACGAACCCUUGAAACACGACAACAAAGGAAAGAAACUGAGGACGACGCUAAAGGAGUUUCUAAAGAAGGACGAAAACAGGAAUAACUUGUAUUUCUACAAGGAGUAUGCCUUAAUAGAGCUGGAGAUGGGCAGGUUCGGUAAUUGCGUCAACAUACUGGAGACCGCCAUUCAAUCUCAAGGAGCGUGCCCCGACGCGAUCACCAACUUGUGCGAAAAGGCGGCGCUCUUCAGCGUAUACAGAACGUUCAUCGAGACGUUGCUCGAUGCCAAAACGUACGACGAGUCACACAGGCAAUGGAUAUUGAAAGUCUUCGGUCAGAUGAUACCCGGCGAAAGCGCUAAUCAGGACUCGCUGGUCGAAGCGUACUUGCACAAGCACGUACACGACUUCUUACAGACCGCGCCCGACGAGAACGGGAAGGAUACUUUCUUCUUGUCGAACUUGGAAUGCGACGCGAUCGUGUGCUAUGCAUACUUUCUAUACAUAAAGAACGACGAUAUUCAAAGUGUCGUCGAAAUAUUGCGGAGCUGUACCGAGCAUUCCAAGGAUUGUCCUUAUUUACAGGAAAUGUUGUAUGAAAGCCAAAUUGCAAUUUUACAAUUGCAUUACGAAAGGAAACAUAGUUUGCAGAAUGCGCUGAAAGAAACUCUGAGCGGAGCUUUAAGUAUAUACCCGAACAAUUUUUACGCUUUGUCAGUAUUUGCCGUCAUAGAGAGUGAAUUACCAACGUGGAGGCUCAACAGUAGAGGCACCGAGAUUGGAAUUUGGAGGGCGGUAGCGAUGUGUUUAGCUGCUCGCAGACGUAUUGGUCUCUUGACGAAAUUCGAUUAUCUUGAUUCGGUGACCGCUACGCUGAAUAAGUUGUUGUCCUUCCAUUUAACCCUUUCCAAGAUACCGUCGACCAGAUGCUGCCCGUUAUUGUGGAGGCUGUAUAUGUUACUCCUUCGGGAACAUAACUUGUGCGAGAAAAAGGGAGAAGAGAUUUAUCACGAGAGUGUCAUGCAGUGUCCAUGGGCAAGGAGCAUUUACAUAGAUGCGGCUGAAGUAGCGCCUCAACUUCUUACACAGAUUCAGGAUGUGAUACGAGAGAAAGAAUUAAGGAUGCAUGUCACGCCUGAGGAACUAGAUAUUCUACGUGGAUAAUAUAAUUACUUGAUCCUCGAAUGAAAAGAUAUAAAAAUCUACAUAUUCUUUCCUGCUGUAAAUGUAAUAUAAAUGUCGUGCCUUAGUAAAUCCAUUUACUCAGUUUA